GCUCUACCUUUCCUUGUUUCAUGUUCUCUGGUUCUCUGUUCUGUACUCGAAGUUCUAUUCUUUGUUCUUUUUUUUUCUGUUCUGUAGUUAUAAUGGCUGACUUUCCACCCAACUUAGACGACGGAGAACUAUGGCUUCCUUCCGACAUUUUCCCCGAAGAAGUUUCCCCAAAAAUCAGCCCUAAAUUUCCUUCUGAAAUCUCCUACAUGGAAGACCUCGCUCGACAGCUCGCUUCGUAUGCUUUGCUUGAACGUAACCAAAACACUACUAAACCUCCUCCUAAUUUAGUUCCAGAGAGUAAGCAGCAGAGCCGAUACGGUACAACUGUUUCUCCACGAUACGGGUUUGGUUUCGAUGGGGUUCAUGGUGUUGGUCACAGACAAAAUCAUUAUGCGCCGGUGAAUGGUGGAUUUCGUGUUGGUUUGACACAGGUUUACAGGUAUCAUCCGAUGAGUCCUGCUCAAGCUCAGCAGGUUGAGAACUUGCAAGCUAGGGUUUUGCAGAGGCUUCAAAACCGAAACCGCUUUUUGCCGGUUCAGGUUAAUGAGACACGCAUUGGCGGUUUUGUGAGAGAAUCUGGAGGGACUGGUGUCUUCCUUCCCCGUGUUUCAACUACCCUUGAUGUUAAGAAGAAGCAACAUUGUGUGAAAAAAGGUGAGGAGUUUAAGCAGAAACAACCCAUCAAAAAGGCAUUUGUGGAGAAGCAUGAGAGGUUUCAAUCUUCACCUGAGGUUCGUUUGCCUCAAGACUGGACUUAUUGAAGUUCCAUCUCUUUCUUCAGUCUCAGCUGUGUAAAGAAAA